AUGAUAAUCAAUAAUUCAAAUUUAGCAGAAUUAGUCGGAGGGAUUACAACUGCAGAGUCUCUUAAUUUAGCAAAUAAAAGUAUUCAAGCUAUUGAAGAUUUAAGUAGUUGCAUAGAUUUAAAGAAACUCGAUGUGUCCAAUAAUCAAAUUACUUCAAUCAAUGGUUUAAAAGAAAACUUAUCAUUAGAAUGGAUUAAUCUAUCAAAAAAUAAAUUAGAAAGAAUGAUCGAUGUUAAAACCUUAUCAAAAAUGAAAGGUACUACCAUAUUAGUUUUUUAUUAUAUAAAAUUUUUACUAAUAUUAAUUUUUUCAUUUUUUUUUUUAUUAGUUUUAAAUAUUUCAUAUAAUAAUUUAAAAAGAAUCGAAGGUUUAAUGAAAUUAUCAGAUUUAAGAGCAUUGGUUUUAAAUAAUAAUGAAAUUUUAAAAAUUGAAAACAUGGAAUUUGUUCCAAAAUUAAAUACUUUAGUUUUAUCAAAAAAUCAAAUAGAAGAUAUAUCCGGUUUAAAAUUCCUUAAAGAAUUAACAAAACUAUCAUUAACAAAUAAUAAUAUCAAACAUUUACCUGAUUUAAGUCAAAAUAUUUUAUUAAAAGAAAUUAAAUUAUCAAAUAAUAAAAUUUUUUCAAUUGAUGAAAAAUUUUCAAAUUGUCACAGUUUAUAUAUUUUAGAUUUAGCACAUAAUUUAUUAAAAGAUUAUAAAGAUAUUGAAGUCAUUACAAAAUUAAAGAAUUUAAAACAUUUAAAUUUAAUUGGUAAUCCAAUUGCAAGUUUACCAGAUUAUAAAGAAAAAAUGAAAGAGUUAUUCCCAACUUUAGAUUUAUUAGAUGGUAGACCAUUCUCUGAAAGAUCUGUAAAUAGAAAUAAUAAAAAGAAAGAAAAUAAAGUCAAAAAAGAAUCAAUUGAAAAAGAUAAAGAAAGAAAAAUUAUUAAAAGAGAGAAUGGUGAUGACACUAAUGAAGAAGCUAGCGAAGAUAAUCAAGAUAGUGAAAGAAAACCAUUCGAGAAGAAACCAUUCAAUAAAAAUAGAGAGGAUAAUCAAGAUGGAGAACAACAGCAAUUUGAUAGAAAACAAAAGAAACCAUUCGAAAGAAAACCAUUCAAUAAAAAUAGAGAAGAUAAUCAAGAUGGUGAACAAGGAGAAAGACCACAAAGAAAUAAAUCUGAUAAUAAAAGAAAAUAUACUCCAGAACAAUAUAAUAAUAAUACUAAUAAUGACGAACACGAACAAGAUGAUGAUGCUCCAGAAGAACUAUCAACUGAAAAACCAAAAGAUUUCAAAUUUUUAGUUAGAAUGAAAAAUUCAAAAGGUAAAUCAGUUCAAGCUAUAAAGAAACAACGUACAGAAACCGAAACAUUAAACACUGCAACCACAUCAACUCCAACUCCAACUCCAACUCCAACCCCAGCCACCAAACCAGCAGCACCAAAAGGUUUUUCACUUAUGGAAUUUUAUGGUGCCAAUAAUAAUUCAUCAGCAAGCAAUGAUAAUAAUGAUUCGGAUGAUGAUAUUAAAGUUGUAGGUGAUAAUCCAGUUCCAUUAUCUAAAUUAUUACCAUCAUCAGCAAACAAUGAUAAUAAUAAAAACAAUAAUAAAAAGAAACCGCAACCAAAAGAAUCAACAGCUAAAAAUAAUAAAAAACAAAAUAAUAAUAAAAAUGAAGAAAAGGAGAAACCAGUUGUUAAAAAAUCAAAACCAGCACCAAACAAAGAUGGUAAUGGAAAUGAAAAAGUUAAAGCAAAAGUAUCAAAACCAGCUCCACCCAAAAAAUCAUCCGAAACACCAAAGGAAAGUAGUAUUACAGAUAAAAUUUUCGGCUUUGAUAGUGAAGAUUGUCCUGUUGCCCCACCAAAGAAAAAACCAGCUGGUAUUGUUAGACCAGGCAUUUCAAACAAACAAUUAAUGGAAGGCAAUAACUUUACUUUGGACAUUAUCAAAACAAAUGAUAAACCAAAGGUUAAUAUUGUUUCUCAAUUAUCCAAUCAAUCAUCAGGUUUUUCAUGGGACUAA